AUGCUAAAGGUUGGUAUUUCUUCCGCUUAUCAUAUAGAUCCUUUUCUUGAGAAUAGUUGUUUUAUUGUGGGCAAUGGUUUUAACACUCCAUUUUGGGAGGUUUGUUGGUUAAAUGAUGUUUGUUUGUCGGAGGCUUUUCCGGAACUUUUUGAGAUUUCUUUAUUGAAAAAUGUUUCCGUAGCGGUUAUGGGAGGGUGGAGUGACGGCGUUUGGAAAUGGGGAGAUUUGGGCAUCCCGAUGAUGGAGGUGGUUGAGGCGGGUUUAUUAUCUAAGCUUUUGUCACUUAGGAACUUGUUGGAAACUUUUGUGGGUAGCAAUUCGGAAAAGGAUUCCGUGUGUUGGAAUAUUGAGACGGAUAAGAUUUUUUCGGUAGCAUCAUGUUAUCGCCGGUAUGCUUCCCGGCGAAUUCCUUUUGGUCCCAUUAAUAGGAAUGAUGAGGCGUUGGAAAAGAUUUGGAAGAUGGAGAUACCUUUUAAAAUUAAAGCAUUUGCAUGGAGACUUUUUGUGAAUAGGCUUCCAACCAAAGAUCUUUUAAAAGUUAGAGGUAUUUCUUUUCCUACUUCUAAUUUAAAUUGUAUCUUUUGUGGGGUUCAUUUGGAGGAUAGAGACCAUCUUUUCUUCAAAUGUCAUGUAAUUAAACUUGUUUGGAAAGAUAUUGGUGAGUGGGUGGAUUAUUCGGGUUGGAAGGAGGACGAUUGCAUUCCGCUUUUUAUGGAAUGGUAUGCCGUGAGUCGUUUGAAAAGUAUUAAAGAAGUGUGGAAAAUCAAGUUCUUGAUGUGGAGGUGGUCAUUAUUUGGUGAUAUUACUCACUCCAAUUGUAACUUUUACGAUUUUUGCAAAGAUCCGCUAUCUUUUUUAUCGUGA